ACCGAUUCCUCCGCAAAAAAAAAUAUAAAAACCGCGACUUUGUGAGCGAUUUGGGAGACGGUUUUGUUGCUCCCCCACUUCUGACUCCACACGCCACGCCACGCCCGCGCGAUGGCUUCCGACGGCGACGGCGCCGCGGCGGUGGCGGCGCUGGGGAUCUCCGGCGGCGGGGGCGACGACUGGGCGCCGCCGCUGCGGCGGAAUCUCCCGCUGCUCGCGCCCCACGAGGUUAAGCUUGCAAAAUUGCUGCUGAGUGAAGGACAGUCACAUUUGUUUGAACACUGGCCGGAACCAGGUGUUGAUGAUGACAAGAAAAGGAACUUCUUUGACCAGGUCUGCCGCCUUAAUUCAAGCUAUCCUGGUGGGCUGGCAUCGUACAUCCAGAAUGCAAGAAAGCUUUUAGCAGAUUCAAAGGCAGGAAAAAAUCCAUAUGAUGGCUUCUCACCUUCUGUUCCUUCAGGGGAAGUAUUGACCUUUGGUGAUGACAACUUUGUUUCGCUUGAAGAAGCUGGGGUAAAAGAAGCCCGCCAUGCAGCAUUUGUUCUUGUAGCUGGUGGGCUUGGUGAAAGACUUGGUUACAAAGGAAUUAAGGUUGCACUUCCCAGGGAAACAACUACUGGAAAAUGCUUUCUUCAACAUUACAUAGAAUCUAUUCUAGCUUUGCAGGAGGCGAGCUGCAAAUUGGUAGAGGGUGAAUGCAAUACAAAGAUCCCAUUUGUUAUUAUGACUUCUGAUGACACAAAUGCACUAACCGUCAAACUUUUGGAGUCAAACUCCUAUUUUGGAAUGGAACCAUCACAAGUGCACAUUCUUAAGCAGGAAAAAGUGGCAUGUUUAGCUGAUAAUGAUGCAAGGCUUGCAUUAGACCCAAAUGACAAGUACAAAAUCCAGACAAAGCCACAUGGGCAUGGAGAUGUCCACGCUCUUCUUUAUUCAAGCGGCUUGCUUGAGCAAUGGAAGAGCACAGGGCGGAAAUGGGUUCUCUUUUUCCAGGACACAAAUGGAUUGCUCUUCAAUGCAAUACCAUCAGCAUUAGGUGUCAGCGCCACCAAAGGUUAUAAUGUUAAUUCUCUUGCAGUUCCACGGAAGGCAAAAGAAGCCAUUGGAGGAAUAACAAAACUUACUCAUGUCGAUGGUAGAACAAUGGUCAUCAAUGUCGAGUACAAUCAGCUUGAUCCACUCCUUCGUGCAACCGGACAUCCUGAUGGAGAUGCAAAUUGUGAAACAGGGUACUCUCCAUACCCUGGAAAUAUAAACCAGUUGAUACUGGAGAUUGGACCAUAUAUGGAGGAGCUCCAGAAAACACACGGUGCCAUUUCGGAAUUUGUAAACCCUAAGUAUACUGAUUCUACCAAGACAGCAUUUAAAUCGUCCACUCGUCUUGAGUGCAUGAUGCAGGACUAUCCAAAAACACUACCUCCCUCUGCAAAAGUUGGAUUUACGGUGAUGGAUGCGUGGCUUACUUAUGCUCCUGUAAAGAAUAAUCCUGAAGAUUCUGCUAAAGUUCCAAAAGGUAAUCCUUACCAUAGUGCUACUUCAGGAGAGAUGGCAAUUUACAGGGCAAACAGCCUUAUUUUAAGAAAGGCUGGUGCACAGAUAGCUGACCCUGUAAUUGAUACUUUCAAUGGCCAAGAGGUAGAGGUUUGGCCACGCAUAACCUGGAUCCCAAGGUGGGGUCUUAUAUUCAAGGAUGUCAAAGCCAAAGUCCAUAGCAACUCUUCAGUUUCUCAGAGGUCAGCCUUGGUCAUCAAUGGCAAGAACAUCACCAUUCAAGGCCUCUCCUUGGAUGGCACUCUUAUCGUAAAUGCCAAAGAUGAAGCCAAGUUCAAUGUUACAGGUCAUAUAGAGAAUAAAGGCUGGACUAUCCAGCACGUCGAUCACAAGGACACCUCGGAGAAGGAAGAGAUCAGAAUCCGCGGGUUCAAGUUCAACAAGGUUGAACAGCUAGAGUUGAACUACUAGCCAGGGAAGCAUUGCAUGAACAAAUCAUCCCUGGUUUACAUCAUCUGCAACCAAAAUGUUCAGUUGAAAAUAAUCCACAUUAGGUGGCCAUAUAUGUGAUAAGCUGAUACUAUUCGUUGGUCUCCCAAGUGAUAAAUAAGGAGCUAACUGCUUCACCAAUUAAGCAAUUAUCAAUCCUAAGUGUAAAUUUUUACAGUAGCCGUUAUUUACAGCCAAGUCAUUUUAAUGUAAAAUAACUGAAGUUACGUAGGAUGCUUGUACUGAACACUUAGUAUUGAAGCAACCAAGAUGCCUUGAAAUGUCCUUGUCACUUGACGUCAGAUGACAAGAACAAAACUGAACCUUUUCUUUUCUAUAAAGCUUUGGACUUUAUAUUA